UUUCUCACAGUUCAGCCCUCAGCUCUGCCUCUUCCACCCUUUCCCGCAGAUCCUCCUCCACCAGCUUUUCCGCAGCUCCCCCACCCCCAUCCCACAGCUCCUCCCAGGUUUCUCACAGUUCAGACCCCAGCUCCACCGCCUCCUCCACCUCACGUAGAUCCUCCUCAACCAGCUUUUCCACAGCUCCAACAACCCCAUCUCACAGCUCAUCCCAGCUUUCUCACAUUUCAGCCCUCAGCUCUGCCUCCUCCACCCUUUCCCGCAGAUCCACCUCCACCAGGUUUUCCACAGCUCCACCAACCCCUUUCCACAGCUCCUCCCCAGCUUUCUCACAAUUCAGGCCCCAGCUACUCCCCCCUGGCUUUCUCCAUUGGUCUCACCCAGAUACUCUCUCCCGCCUCCCACCCCCCAGUACCGCCUUCUCCCCAAGCCCCGCCCCACUUUUUGCCUAGCCCUUCCCACUGGCCACUGGUCAGGAGAUCCCAACCUGCCCUGGUCAUCUUGUGAGCCUCAGUGUCCGUCUCUUAGGGAGGUGAGGACCUUGGUCUGAGAGGACAACAUCAGGUCAUUUGAGGAAGUACACCUGUUCAACUGAGAGCAGAGUCCUACGUCCUGCCAAGAGUCAAGCCUAGAGAAGGUGUGUGCUGCUGAGACACCAAGUCCUCCCCAGAGCCCUCUGGGUUCCUGACUCUGCCUCUGCCAUGGCGGCCCCUGUGUGUAGCCAGUCUGAAGAUGAGGGCUUCAGCAGCCAAGAUGAACAGGAGACAAGCAGCAGAGAGGACUCUGGAGAUGCUGAGUCGUCACUCCAUGAUGCCCUAUAUUUGAAGAUGACUGAACUGGUGGAGUUUCUACUCCUGAAGUAUCGUGCAAAGCAGCCAACUACUAAGGCAGAAAUGCUGAGUAGAGUCAUAAGAAAGUAUCAGGACCACUUCCCUGAGAUCUUCAGCCUAGCCUCUGAAUGCAUGCAGCUCCUCUUUGGCAUUGAUGUGAAGGAAGUGGACCCCAGCAACCUCACCUAUGUCCUGGUCACCACUUUGGGGCUCACAUAUGAUGGGAUGGUGUCCAAUGGGCAAUCCAUGCCCAACACUGGCCUCCUGGUCAUGCUCCUGAGAUUGAUCCUUGCAGAGGGUGACUGUGCCCCUGAGGAGAAUGUCUGGGAAGCACUGAAUGUCAUGGGUGUGUGUGAUGGGAAGGAGCAUUGGAUCUAUGGGGAGCCCAGGGAGCUCCUCACCAAAGUUUGGGUGCAGGAAAAGUACCUGGAGUACCGACAGGUGCCCAACAGUGAUCCUGCACGCUAUGAGUUCCUGUGGGGCCCUAGGGCCCACGCUGAGACCACCAAGUUGAAAGUCCUCAAGUUUUUUCUCAGAGAUUAUAGAAAGGAUCCCAGGUCUAUCCCAUCCCUGUUUCAAGAGGCUCUGAGUGAUGAGGAAGAGGGAGCCUGAACCAAGUUUCCCCCAGGCAUGUUUCAGGCCCACAUCUGACAUGAUGUGAGGCCAAUUCUUCUCUGUGUUUGAGAAGGGGGUAGUCAACAUUCUAGGUAGUGAGGCCCAGGGAAAGUUGGAGGAAUAAAGGCUGUAGUAUCUUUGGGUUUAGAAAUUUAUCCUUGAUUUGUGUCGAAAUUUUCAAAUGUUGUUCCUUUCCAUAGACGUUUCAGAAGCUUCAGUAUCUAAGUUUGUGAAUGACAUUGACCAUACAUUUAUUUGUACUAUCUAGUUCAAAAGAAAGAGUUUUGCUGUUGUGUAACACAAAUUGGGACACUUCCCAUCCUACUCUGUGAUCCCAAACUAGAUAAUAUGGCAUUGGAAAAAGAUUUCCUUGGAAAUGUGAAAGACCUCAUCGGUACAAACAAUGGGUUCACGAAACAAAAAUAAAAGCAAAAGGUUGUUAAUUCUUA